AAUGAAUAUUAUUUACACCUAUUAAUUUUUUAACUUCCCUAGUAGGAAUUUAUGUGCACCAUAUAUGUAUGUAUAUAUAAUUUUUAAUAGAGUAUUAGCAAAUUGUCUGUAUGCAGUUUGCUAAUAUGGCGCAAUAUUUAAGUAUAAACUGAUUCCAUAUUUAAUGUUAAAUCGUACAACGUACUUUUGCUCGUUGAGUACAAAAUAUUUGAUGUAAAUUAAUUACAUAUCACUUAUUAAAUAAAUAUCACAAUUCUAAAAAUAUAAAAAUAAAAGAGAUAUCAGUUAUAUGUCUCAUAAACUUAAGUAUAGUGGUUAUGCAUAUGAUGGCGGCAUUGUUCCUUCUUGAUGUUUAUCGCAAUUUGUAAAACCCCUAUGUUAUAUACCUAUACUAUAUGUAAUAUAUUUGUAAUGUAAAUAAAUAAAUUAAAUGUCUCUUAAACUUUCGCAUAGUACGCUUUUUGGUUCAUCCAUUAUAUCCAUUAUAAAAAAUUUCCAAUUUCCAUUUUAAUAAAUAUUUUUUUACUGAAAAGUUUCUUACCACUUCAUUUAUUUUAAUUGUUAUUUAUUCCUGUUGUCCUGCUAUAGUGUCUAAAUAUGUGUAAUUAAAAUAAACAAUAGUCCGCCAUAGCAUUUACUCCAACUGAUUUUAUGAAGUAGUAUUAUUGCUUGUAGUUUCUUUCUUCUUGCCGAUAAAUUACGAAAAGUGAGGGAAUUAACAUUGCUUUUAGUUAUAUCCCCGAGAAUUAUACAGAUCGUGUUAAGGCUAAGCCCGAGUAAGGUAAUUAAACUACCGCAAUGAAAAAUUGAUCAUUGCCAAAGGAUGAUGCUCCAACAAUGUCCGUUGUAUUUAAAAUAUCAAACUUUAGAUGCAGUAUAAAAUGCUAAAUUAUUCGUUUUAUAAGGUGAUAAUAAAAUAUAAUAUAAUAUCAAUAUUAAUUAAAUUUCCACAAACGAAAUUAUAAUGAUUACACAAAUUAUCUAAUAUAAUUAAUAUAUAAUAUAUUAUAUAAGUAUACUUACGUAAAUAUAUGUAUAUAUUUACAUAUACAUAUAUAUAGAGUAAUUCUGAUUACAUUCAUAAACAAAUGUCAAGCAUGCGAAUGUUUAAUGUACGAGAAGAAAUAAAAAAAUGUGUUGGGUAUAAAACCACAUUUGUUAACUUCAUAUUUUUUGAAAUCUUAUAUUUGUUCAAUUGUUUUUCGCCAGAAAUGUCAAAAAUUAGAUUGUAUUUUAAUGUUAUCAGUCAAAGUUGUGGUAACAAUUGUUCUUCCCAUAAUGCCGAACCCCGCACCAACACCUUAUCGGGCAAUACAGGGCUUCGCUUGCUAUUUGUGUUCAGUGCUGCUGUUUGCUUUGUAUAUAUUUUGGGUUCUUGCACCGUUAAAGCUGCUGGGUUUUCAAAAUUUUCCAAACAAAUAUUUGGCAUUAUCCAUUACCAAUGUUAUGUCGUAUCUUUUGGUUAUGAUUUAUUAUGUUUUUUAUCCUGCAAUUAAUUUGGCAAUGACCCCGAACGUUGAUCAAAUAGCGACAAUAAUAAAUGUGAAACUAUUAAAACGUGAUAAUGAAUUGGAAUAUGUUUUUAAUUGGAAUACAAUAAAACAUUUGGAAAAUGUCCAUCGUCGGCGAUCUGAGAAAAUAUUAUUAGAAAACAAAAUUAUGGAAAACUGUUAUUGCUGCAAUCGAGGGCAACACGAGGCGAAUGUGAAGGCAGCAAUACCUACGCUGUAUCAUAUCGACUUGGCUGAAAUUAAUCGUUUAGUAUAUGAUUAG